AUAAUAAUAAUAAUAAUAAUAAUAAUAAUAAUAUUGUCAAGUGUGUUAUUUAUAUUCACAAGAUAAAAACCACUGUGUUUUAUAUUGCCACGGAUAUUUAGCUGAAGCGUCGCUCUGUUUUUACUGCGAUACUUCAGGAGCAGAUGUCGCGCGCGCCAAUACGAGGGAAACUCCCCCGCUUUCAACGGUUGCCGACGGAUUUAACGUAAAUUAAAUAGGUGGGAAACGGCUUCUGAGGAACAACAGCCACAGGAGAGUUUCCGGCGCCGUCUGAAUCUCCUCCCCCUUCCUCGGCGCGGCCUCAAUUUCCUUGCUGUGGGAGCCGCAGGUCACGGGGCAUUAUAAGAAGGGAGAAGUAGCUUACAACCCACCUGAGAAGUAAGAGAGAGAGGAAAAGAAACUCUUCCACAUUAGGCUGCUGUGGUAUAGGAUGGAGAGCACUGGGGACCCAGAAAACAGACUCCUCCUGCAGCCCUGGACUUCAGUCUGUUUUGAUGAGUCCACAAAACUGAUGACUAAGGUUUGGUUUGGAGAUGCUGGCUAUGCCUUGCUCCUUUCUGACCUCAGCAGUAUGUGGUACGAAAAGGUAGAUACUGAGGUGAUACAACAGAGAUCAAAGGAGCUAAAUAAGCGUUUGACAGCUCAUGUAUCUUCCUUCCUGAGCCGCCUGCGCAGUCUGAUAUGUCCCCUUCUGGAAGGAGAAAAGAGCAGUUCUACCAUCUUCUCCUGCCAGCUCAGCUCCAGCACACUGACUCUUCAUGUGAAGAGUGAGCUCUCAGGGCUCCCCUUCUACUGGGAUUUCCGUUGUUCAGCAGCACCUGUUAAGAUGAUGUUCAGCCACCUUGUGCAGCCCCUGAUGGCAAUGAGCUUGGUGUUACAGAGUCAAGUGCGGGAGCUGGCAUCCUUGUUGCUCCGAAAGGAUGCCGAGAUUGAAGACUACCGGGAGAGUGGGGCUACUCUCAGUCGAGAACGUUUAAAGACAGAACCUUUCAAUGAAGAAUCUUUCCUACAGACAUUUGAGACUAAGAUUUUGCCCCAAGCUUGCUGCCUGGGAGAUGGGCACCAAUUCACUUCUAACUUGAAAGAGCUCUAUGUGUCAGUGUCCCAAAAGCAGGCUAGGGCAGCUUGCAAACAGCACUGGGAAGGAAACUCUGAGAAUCCUGAACAUGCUAGCUUCCAGGACCUUGCCCAGGGGGCUGCAGAUUUGCCAACUGAAGAGGAGAAGACUGAAUUGCAGUCAGCAGCUGCACAGUGUACACAAGACACAGUGGUACCUUCCUCCCAGACCCAGAAGGUUCAUUUGCCCAUUGCCAAGAGCAAAAGGAAGAAGGCAAAAGGGCUAUUUGGCUGAUGCAAAUGACUCUUCCACAAAGAUAGAAAUGCUGUUGUUGUAUUGAACCUCUUCCUCUUCCUGGAACAAUUGGACUUUUCUCCCCAGAGUACAGCUAUGCCACUCUGUUCCUCCCCUCCCCCCUCUUUCUUGCCAUGUUUAAACACAAUAGUUGGGCAGUAUCUCCUUCCACACUACAGCUGUCUAUUGCCCUACCUCUGCUUAUUCCCCCCCCUCUUUUCUGUAGCACAGAUACUAGCCUUUGAACUUGGAGAUGAGGCAUUCAAAGUAAAAAGCAGGGAAAAGAAAGUGGGCAGAGCAUGAACAGUGAGAGGAAUCCAAGAUUGAUAGUUAUCUGGGCUCCUACUACACCUGUUCUGUCCAUAAAAUCUAUACCCCACUUUGUUAAUGUGUGUGUAAUGAAGACCUUGGCUAAAAGACCUUGGCUUUCUAAUGCAGUAUCUUUUACACAUGCACUAUACAAUGCAGCAUUGCCAGCAUCAAUCAACCACAGCUUCUUUUUUCUACAAACUUACACCCUUCUUGGUGGUAGAUAAAUGUUUAAGAAGGGUGUGGACAUCGUCUAACAAAGGUGCAAAACCCAAAGCAGGGCAUGGGUUGGGGUUGUGUUGGUCUGUGUGAUUUGCAUGGUCUUCUGUCUCUGCACAGAAUCUAUGUCUCUUAAUCUGUGUUUCCCUUCUCUUCCACUCAGCACUUGCUUCCUCUCAUCCUUUGUUUAGUUCUACUGUAUUUUUCACAAAAUAUACCGCAGAGGAUUAAAUUUUUAUGCAUGAAGGUACAUUGUACUGAUUCAAGCAAAUUCACACAAACAUAAUUUUAGCCUGGGCUCCACUUUCCUUGAUGCAAACAUUUGCUUUUUUAAGGCACAGAAUAUGCUCUUCCCUAAAUAUCUAAUGUUUGGUCUGUGAAACCUUAGUCUUUUUACUGAUCAGACUGUUCCUGCCCUUAUAGCUAGAGAUAGGACGUAACCUUCUACCUUUACUUUUGCGCAAAGGCAGUCCAAGGGAUGUUGGUGCCUGAGGUAGAAAAAUGACAUCUUCCCUAGUGAUGAUAAUAAUAAUAAUAAUAAUAAUAAUAAUAAUAAUAAUAAUAAUAUUUUGCUGCCUAUCAAUAUUCUAAAACUUGCCAUAUACCAUGUCUAACAACAAGUUUAGCACUGGAGCUCCCAGAACUCGGAGGACAUAUGGGGUUCUCUUGGACUUUUUGUUUAAUAUCAUCAUGUUUGUAAGCUGAAGUUCCACACAACUAUUCACAUCCUGAAACUUUUUCUGCAACAUAGAUCUACACAAUUUCAACUUGCCAAGCUGAAUAUCAUCUUUCAUCUGAGGAUCACAGGGCAGUUUAUAGUAUUUUUAAAAAUCACCUUUCCGCCCCAUAUGAAGAAGAAGAGUUUGGAUUUGAGUAUAAGGGCUCACUGAGAUCUCAGUACAUCUAUUGCUAUUGCUGUUAAUCUGAGACCAUAAGAACAGUGGGGUUGUAUAGCUCCUGGCAAUGAUAGAGCAUUAGGCUUCUGGGCUCUGUUUGGCUUGUGUGGUCAUUAGUUGUACAGGACUAUGCUGUAAACCCUUCUUACGCAUACACACACAUUACUACAUAGUCCUGUCUUCACUGGAGUGCAGUUCUCUCCUUGCAUUGACUUUUACUCCAUUCUUAUGCCCUUCUUCCACGCUUCAACCUGCAGAACUUCACUAUACCAAACCUCCAGAUUUUAUAGCAAACAUUGUUUCAUUUGAUGCCCAUGAAGUCCUCCUAGUGCUGUGAAAGCAAGCAAUUUACUGUAGCUGCAAAGCAGGCUUCUAACAUACUACCCCCCUCAUACCUGCUUCCAGGAUCAAAAGGCGAAUAAAAACAGAUUGCUCUUGGCCAGAGGAAUUACAGGCUAUCAUUGCAAGCAGGCUGGAAAACCACAUCCUAGAGGCCAGAAGGGGAAGAGGCUUCUGCUAUAGCAAGUGAUGCUAAAGAAUUACCUUCCCCCAAAUGCUGUCCUGCCCACUUUGGCUGUCAGUCAAGUAGUGCUUAUGCUGUCCUGCUGGGCCACACCCAAUAGCCACAGAACCAUUCACAAUGAAAUUAACUCCUCUGACCUUAGAGGGAAUUAAGCUAAAAAGUCUCUUCCUUUUCCUCCCCAGUGAAGCCAGAAUAGUUCAACUCUGCUGCCUGUUAACAAGAUACUGAUAUGAAGAAUGAAGAAAUAGUAGGUGCAGAGUUCUGUAAUUACCUAAAGGUUCAUCCUAAUAUAUUGGGGUUUGUCCACUGAUGUAUUGUGGUUUGUCCACUGGCAUACUGCGACACAUUGUGCUAUGGUUCCCACUGCAGAAACAGAAGGACAAAAAGGUUUCAGUGAACUGAUUGUAGGGUGUUAAAUUGAUUAACCAGAACAGUGCAGUUUUACAUUAUUGAAUGUUUUAAAAAUGAAAUCUGGAGUUUAUGAAAUUUUGAAAUCUGGGGUCUUGAAUUCUUAUUUUGAACCAUAUAGAAUGAGUCAUUACAUAAUAUAUAACUUAAUGUUCUGGGAGGGCACAUGCUUUGCAUGCAAAAGAUCCCAUGUUCAAUCCCUGGCACCUCCAGAUAGAUUUGGGAAAUUUUCCUGUCUGGAACCCUGGAUAGUCAGCCACUGCCUGUCAGUGUACAAUGUACUUGCAGUCAGUCUUAGCUCCCUAGUUUAUCUAACACUAAAUUUAUACUCAAAACUUAAUACCCCUCUAUUUCUAUUGUUGACAUAUCUGUCAUUUUAAAGUACAGUAGUACCUCGGUUUAUGAACACAAUUGGUUCCGGAAGUCUGUUCAUAAACUGAAGCGUUCAUAAACUGAAGCGAACUUUCCCAUUGAAAGUAAUGGAAAGUGGAUUAAUCUGUUCCAGACGGGUCCACAGAGUACUCAACCUGAAGCGUACUUAACCCGAAGCAUGGGUGUAAUUGGUUCCGAAAAUCUGUUCAUAAACUGAAGCGAACUUUCCCAUUGAAAGUAAUGGAAAGUGAAUUAAUCCGUUCCAGAUGGGUCCGCGGCGUUCGUAAACCAAGGUGUUCGUAAACCGAGGUUCCACUGUACAGUGGUACCUCUGGUUAAGAACUUAAUUUGUUUCGGAGGUCUAUUCUUAACCUGAAACUGUUCUUAACGUGAAGCACCACUUUAGCUAAUGGAGCCUGCUGCUGCUGCUGCUGCUGCUGCUGCGCUGCCGGAGCACGAUUUCUGUUCUUAUUCUGAAGCAAAGUUCUUAACUUGAGGUACUAUUUCUGGGUUAGCAGAGUUUGUAACCUGAAGCAUUUGUAACCUGAAGAGUUUGUAAGCCAAGGUACCACUGUAAUUAAUAUGAUUAUGUUUAUUACAUCUGAAUGUAUAUGGGAGGGGGGAAGAAUUGUUGAAACAUAGGGCCCCUCCAGAUGUCUUUUUUAUUGCACAUUCAUCAUGAUUUGCCCCCAAUGUGUUAAUGGUGAAGUUGCACAUGAUUGCACUUUCAAUCAUGUGCCUGUGAAAGUUCCAGGGUGAUUAAACUAGAUUCGUUGCAAUUGAUGCUUGUCCUGUGCUUUCUUGAUAACAAUUCUGUAACUUCUUGUACUACAAAAGUACCAACUUCCUGUCUUCAUCUACAUGGGUAACACACAGCACUUACAAACUCCAAACAUAACAAACAAAACCCCAAGCCCUAAGCCUACAAUUUCAGGCAAAGGAAACAUGCCUGUAGGUGAAGUGUGGAAAGAUUUGUACUGAGACAGUAAGGGACAAAACUGCACAUCUGUUGAUACAAACUGAGGAGGCAAACCAACAUCUUUUUCCCCCUCCCCAAGAAGUUGGGGGCAGCUUGAAAGAGUGAACACUGCUUGGGUGUGUACUCAUUCCACUGUUAUCUUUGAUCCAAUAAGUUUGGCAGGCUUUUCAUUUUUGAAAAAACCUGCACAACCUGUUUGAACAGAAGCAACAACGUGACAAAAGGGGCAUGCUUGUACACCACAAGAAGCAAAGCCUCUUUCAAACUACAGUGGUGCCUCGACUUACGAAUUUAAUACGUUCCGAAGGCACCUUCGUAGGUCAAAAAAUUUGUAAGUCGAAAAGCACCAUUGGAAACGGAAAAAAAUGUAAGUCGAAGCAACCCCAUCUAAAAAUUCGUAAGUCGAAAAAACCCUAUCUAAAACUGCCGCGGUUUCCAUUCGGAUGUCGAGAAAUUCGUAAGUGUGCAGCCAUUUGCCCCAUUCGUAAGUCGAAAAAUUCGGUUGUCUUGUCGUUCGUAAGUCGAGGUACCACUGCACUUUCAACUCUCUUUAAGACAAUCAUCUGGCUCCUGUCUGAGUAUGUCCUAGAGGCUGUCAUUCCACGCAAACACGCUGCAGGCAAUGGGCAGAAUGGGUGUGAGCUCUGUCUGCAGAACACAGUCCCUGACCACCACACAGCCCUGCCCAAGUGGUGCAGCCCAGACAAGCAUCUGCAUUUGUCAUUAAAGAGACAUCAUCAGCAUAAGGAAAAGUGAGAGAGUUUUUUGUAUAUAAAAAAAAUUGAAGUAGCAGUGUUCCUGUUCAGAGACUACUCCUGGCUGAGCUACUUUCACCUUUGCAUUAGAGAUUUCCUGCUGGGAAAUCAGGCGGCAAGUGACACAGGGAUGGGUCCAAAAGCACCCAUUGCAAUUAGGAUUUGGUAUAUCAUUAAGAAGGAGCAUUCUUGCUCAUCAGGCUAAGUAGCAGAGAGAAAUGACACAGAGUAUGCUGACAAGACUAUGACAUUAUUCAUUUGUUUGACAAGUUUAAUGACAGCCACUACCAUGACACAAAGUAAUACUCAACUACUGUGUCUGUGCCAGUCACUCUAGUUUCAUGUUAAAAUAUUAUAUUAAUUGGUUUUACUAAUAGCAGUGGAAGCCACUUUAUGGCAAAACAUCACCUUAUGGCACUUGAUCAAUCUGCAUAACUGGCACUGUUACAGGUGUUGCAUGAUACUCAUCUCACAGUGUAAGAAAUAGAAACUGUGGCAGCACCCACACUUUGGAACUCCCAGCCUGUUGACAUCAGGCAGGUGCCUUCACUGUACUCUCUUUGGUGUCUGCUAAAAAUAUUUUUGUUUAGGCCAUAGCUGCCAAGUUUUCCCUUUUCUCGUGAGGAAGCCUAUUCAGCAUAAGGGAAUUUCCCUUUAAAAAAGGGAGAACUUGGCAGCUAUGGUUUAGGCAAGGCUAUCCAGAUAUGUAGAUACAUGUUUUAAUCAGUUUUUCAGCUUAUCAUUGAUUUUUUUACUAAAAUGAAAGCCCUUUAGAAUUUGUGUAUAUAGGAUAGUAGCCUUAGGGUCCAAAGCACUGUAUUCUGCCAAAAUUUCAUGUUUGUGCAAGGUGUUUUCUAGUAUGUAUCUUUUAUAUAUAUAUAUUUAUUUCCACUUAUUUAUUUUUACUUCUUGAAACAUUUUUUUACAACUUAACUACAAUUGUCUCUAAGUGGUGUACAAUAAAUACAAUACAGAAAAUAUUAAAAAUUUGUCAACAUGAUAAAUUCAUAUUUCUAUUAAAAUUCCUGCUGGGAUAAAAGAGGUGCUUGAAGUUCAGGGUGGGAGCCUACCUGA